UGUAAUUGGAUUCAAAGUUGAUAAGUUACACAAAGUACAAAUGACUGGUGGAGAAGAUGGGUUCUCAGUUUUGGGACAUAUUGCGUCAGGGUAUUUGGGCUUCGUUUACAGGAGGAUGGUACUACGAACCGAAACACAGCAUUUUUACCAAUACAUUCCAUCUUUAUUUAUGGUUGAUUUUACUCUGUUUACCAUUUUUUAUACAUUUGUAUAUAUCAGAGAUGUUUAUUUGGAUACUAUAUUCGAGUAUUGUAAGUUUGAUAAUCACAAUCAUAAAACUUGUAAACUGGUCUUUGCAUCACAUGUUCGACACCACCGAAUACAUUGUAGAAGACGCUAAAAAGAAUAGAAGUUCAGAACUUGAAGGUCGACGGCCUGCUCUUAGAGCACCAAACAAAAAAUCAAAUAAAAAAAGAAAAGCCACAUCAACUCCUCAUUUAAGUGUAAAAAAUGAUUCAGAUAGAAAACGACAUCGUAGAAUUAAUAAAAAUAAAUCCAAUGAAUCUAGAAGAUGUUUAUGCGACAAGAUUAAAAGUGAUAUGGAUUGUGGUACAGAAUCUAAAAGUUAUCCUACUGUUACUGAUGAAUGGAUCGACAAUAACACUCUAAGUAGACCUGAUGCAAUGACUACAUUAAACGUGAAUGAAGGGGCUUCUUCAUCUGCUGGUUCUCAUAAUGAACUAAGUUCCCUUCUCCCCACAAGUUCCGAACCAGCUAUCACCCCAACAUCUGAAACACAGCAGCAAAAUCAAAGUUUGAUAACUGUGAAAAAUGAAGGUGUUUUAGAUCAUAUGAAUGAUGUUUUUCCUGGUCGAGUAGAAAACAGAAGUAGAUUAAGACAACGACAAUUUAGUACUAGGCAUAGAAUGAGAACUCGUGAAGCAUAUAGUUCCCCGUUCCUACAAGCUACGGAUGGUGUCAAUUUUGCUGCUUGUCCUGAAGAUACAUCAGAAGGAUCUGUACAUUUUUUUCGUGAUGAAAAUGGACGUUGGAUGACUUAUACUUUUACUAAAGAUAUUAUGUUAAAUAAUAAUUCUUCAAUAGUUAAACCAUUUCCAAAUUUACCUUCAACAUCACGGAGGGAUGAUUCUACAGAUGAUCUUGUAUUUAAUCACUCUCCUGUAAGAUUAUUUCCUCGUCCUAUUCGUAAUUAUGAACARCAAUURGAACAUGAAGAACCUUACUGGAUGCAAAGUCAACCUCAGCGAUACCGUCACUUCAAUAUUUCCCCAAUAAUUUCACCAGUUGAAGAAACCUUGGAACAAGAACAUGAAAAUAUCAGACCAGAAUAUCAAGAUGAGUUCCCAGUAAUACCACGGCAGUUGCGAUUUGACCUUCUGGAUCCUAGUGUUGGAUUUCCUAAACCUAAACGAUACUAUCUGUACACACCAGUCAAGAAAAUGUGUUUUAAAGUUCACUUUGAUCGUUUGGCAUUACUUACUGCCAUUGAUCGCAAUCCAACAUUAUUGGAACUAUUUAUUACCAUUAUUCUGGCUACUUCAGUUGCUGUAUUGGGCGCUUUUGUACUGUACUUUAAAUUCUACAGAGAUAUUCAUGCAUUUGUUUUUUGUUUUGUUAUGGCUGGCUGUCAGUAUUCCUUAGUUAAAUCUGUACAACCUGAUGUGGCAUCUCCUACACAUGGUUUUAACAAAAUUGUUGUGUAUAGUCGUCCAGUUUACUUCAUACUGUUCUCAUCCAUACUUUUACUAACACACAUUCAACUAAACUCUGGCCGAACAUUUUAUCAACUCAAAUUCUAUGGAUUCACUUUGCAUAUUUUAUAUAUAUUAGAAACUAUUCGUGAUUUUUUAUCAAACUUUUUACUGUUCUUACCAAUUGCUUUUAGUUUGGGAUUAUUGCCUCAAGUUAAUACUUUUUUUAUGUAUAUCCUGGAACAAAUUGAUAUACAUUUAUUUGGAGGUAAUGCGACCAGUUCACUUAAAGCAUCAGCCUAUUGUGUAUUAAGAAGUUGUUUAGCUGUGUCUAUUUUAUAUGGAUUUGCAUAUGUAGCAUUAAACGAUUGGUCUGGAUCAUCAAGAAAUGUGUUUUUUUCCUUGUUCUGCGCAUUGCUCACUGCCAUAUCUUACCAUUUAAGUCGCAGCUCUAGCGAUCCAGCUCCUAUAUUAAAUGUUCUUAAAACAUAUUUAUGGCCCAAUGAAGAUAUAUUUUCUAGACCUGAUAUGGAAUGUCCUAGACCAAUAAAAGAAACUAAAACAUCAAAGAAAACAAACUCUGAACAAAAAGAAGGUGAAUCUGAAGAACAAUUAAAGUGUGAAUUAGAUGAUGAAAUUGAAAUUCAAGACAACUGGCCAAAACAGUUACAAGAUACAAUAAAUGCUAGAUUGAAGACUGAUUUAAUUUUUUGUCCAAUUAUUGGUCUUAUUGUUUUUGCUAUUCAUUCUAGCAAUAUUUUUUCAGCUUUACAACCAGAAUUAAAUCCAGUAAUGUGGUGUACUACUUUCAGUAUUGGAUUUAUUCUACACUAUAUAAUACCUCAAUUGCGAAAACAAUUGCCUUGGUUGUGCGUUGCUCAUCCUAUUUUAAAGCCAUCUGAAUAUAAUCAAUAUGAGGUUAAAAAUCUAGCUAAAAUCAUGUGGUUUGAAAAAGUUUAUGUAUACUUAUGCUUUUUUGAAAGAAAUGUUCUCUACCCACUGAUGUUUAUUGGCUGUUUGACAUCUGACAGCGUGAUUGUUGUAACAAAACUGGGAGUUCUAUUAGGUUCUCUGGUGUUAUCAGUAUGUGCACUUAAAUGUUUACGAUGCUCAUUUUCACAACAAACCAACCAGUAUAAUAUACUAGCAUUUGCAGUACUGUUUUUUCAAUUGGACUAUGUAAAAUGUUCUGAAACUUUCAUUAUUGAUUACUACCUUACUGCUAUUGCUUAUGAUAAAAUCUAUGAGUUUUUACUUAAGUUGCAAUUUGUCAUAACAUACAUAGCGCCAUGGCAAAUUACUUGGGGCUCAGCUUUUCAUGCUUUUGCUCAACCAUUUUCUGUUCCUCAUUCUGCAAUGAUGUUUCUUCAAGCAUUUUUGUCUGCAGCGAUUUCAGCACCACUUUAUCCAUUUUUAGGAAGUGCUAUAUUUUUAACAUCCUAUGUACGACCCGUAAAGUUUUGGGAGCGAGAUUAUAAUACCAGACGAGUUGACCAUACGAACACCAAAUUGUCAUCACAUUUAGAACGAAAUCUUGGUGCAGACGACAAUAACCUUAAUUCAAUAUUUUAUGAACAUCUCACAAGAUUACUACAACAUACUCUCUGUGGAGAUAUUAUGUUAGGCCGUUGGGGUAACGUGUCACAAGGAGAUUGUUUUGUCUUAGCAUCAGAUUAUUUGAAUUGUCUGGUUCACAUUGUUGAAAUGGGAAACAAUUUAGUUACUUUUCAAAUACGUGGACUUGAGUUUCGUGGUACUUAUUGCCAGCAAAGAGAAGUAGAAGCGAUAUCUGAAGGUGUUGAAGAUAAUGAUGGAUGUUGUUGCUGUGAACCUGGACAUUUUCCUCACAUUUUAUCUUUAAAUGCUGCUCUUAGUCAACGUUGGCUUGCUUGGCAAGUAGUCGCAGCCAAGUAUGUUGUUCAAGGAUACAGUAUAUCAGAUAUUAAUGCCUCAUCGAUGUUACAAGUAUUUGACUUUCGGAAAGUGCUGGUUAGCUAUUAUAUAAAGAGCAUUAUAUAUUAUGCUAUACGAUCACCAAAACUUCAACAGUGGUUAGCAUCAGAUGAAAUAAAAGAAGGUUURAAACCAACAUUGUGCAAGAGUUUUGUGGAUCUUGACCCAGUUUUUAAUAUAAAUAUUGAUGAAGACUUUGACUUACUUUCAUGUGGUGUUACCCGCAACAGUUUUUGUUCAUUUUAUUUGGAAUGGAUUCGAUUUUGUGCUUUCCAAACAGAAAAUKUAAGAGAAAAAAAAGUGGUGCAUCAAUGGGUUCCAAAUCACCGUGACUUGUCAAAGAGAUCUCACGUUGAUAAAACUAUAGUACUGCUCAAGAUUGACGAACGUUACGUGCCUAUAGCUGAAGCCGGUAUAUUAGAUUUAGGAGCUGAAGUUGCUUAAAAAUUGUUGGUGUAUGGUUUACAUUAUUUGACUGAUUUGUUUUGAAGGUAAUUUUAUAACUCAAAUGUUACAAGCAUACUUGCUUGAUAAUAUAGCAUUAGUCUUCCUCGAUACUACAAAAAAAGUAUUCUGUCUCCUUGUUAAAGUUCAAGUGUAUAUUGUGUCCUUCAAAUAAUUUUCUCUGGAAAAAAUGGUAGUACAUUUUAUAUACACUGGUUAAAAAUCUUUUUCAUGUAAUUUUUUUAUUUUUAUUGU